GUACGCGCGGGCCAGUAGAGCCACGUGCAGCGCGCUGACGAGAAUUUCAGAGCACAUGCACCACAGGGGCGUCUAAAGAAAAGAAAAAGAGAUUUUUUCUGGCUACGAGAAAUACAGAAACUUCUCUCAUCAUGUCUGUUGUGCAAAUAAAAUCAACGAAGCUGAAAAAGCGUCCUUUCAAAGGGAAAAAAGUGAAAAAAACCAGGGCCUUGAGCAAUGGCACGCAUAUCAAGGAAAAUAAAAACCCAGCUCCCAAAGUGUCCCAAGCACCUAAAAACGAAAAUUUAUUUAUGGUCGAAGCAAAGUUUGUCCGUUCACUAGCGAACAGUGAUAAGAAAGUGAGGGACAAAGUGAUAAAAAAUCUCAAGAAAUGGCUCACUCUACGCUCUCAAAGCUCUUGUGUAUUUUCAGAAGAAGACUUUCUAAGAUUAUGGAAAGGCUUGUUUUACUGCAUGUGGAUGUCGGAUAAAAUGUUAAUACAAGAAGAACUUGCUGAAACGAUCAGCAAACUUGUAUUCUGUUUUGAGUCUUUCGACACCGCGCUGCUUUAUACAAGAUGCGCUUUCAAAACUCUUGCUAAAGAGUGGUUUGGAAUAGAUAACUACAGGAUCGACAAGUUUCAAAUGCUUGUCAGAAGAAUAGUAAGGCAAACUUUUGUAUUGUGUAAAAAGUAUUCUUGGGAUAAACCCUGUGUUGUUGCGAUUGCCAAAAUUUUCCAAGAAUUAUUGAUGGAUCCAAAAACCAGUUUAGGAUUAAAUUUGCACAUAACUGAUAUCUUUAUGGAGGAAUUAGCCAAAAUUGGAGAGGAAAAAAUCCCGAAAAAUAUUGUAAAAGAAUUUAUUAGACCCUAUACAAUUCAUUUAGCUUGUUCAAAGGAUCGCAGAAUAGUAAAUAAUAUUGUAAAAAAUAUUUUCCGUUAUUUGAUUUUCCAAUCUGAUGUUGGCAUGGACUACACCGAAAAAUUUGAAGCUUGGAGGAAUGCUGGUUUUCCUUGCAAAAAUAUUAAUGAUAUGCAAAAAAUUGAAGUUUCUGAUGAUGAAAAUCAAGAUGAUGAAAAUCAAAUUGAUGAAACAAACGAAGAUUGUUCAACUAAUGUUGAAAAACCCUUAGAUCCUAGAGCUGGACGAGUAAAUGUGGAAAUUCCACAAAUCUUAUUUAAUCCUGCUGGAAUCGUCAAAAUUUUAGAAAAGUAUAAAUUUCACAAGGAUUCUACCACGCAGACAAGAAAAGUAGUUACUAAAUUGAUAGCUGACUUCUCCAAGCUGACCAAAGGAGAUAUGCCAAUUGGUAUCAAAGAAGUACCUGCCCUUGAAACAACCAGAUAUGAUACUCAAAAGGCAGCUGAAGAUCUUGUAGAAUUCAAAAAUAAACUUGAGUCAGACACAAGUAAAGCGUAUAAAAAACAGCUUUCUUUAAAAAGGAAAGCAGAAAGGGAGCUUGAGUUAGAAUCAAGUCAACCUAAAAAACAACCAAAACAACAGCAACAAGAACAAGUUGAAGAGCUAGACAUAAGUCAAACAUCAAAAAAAAUGCUGAAGAAGCAAGCCAAAUUGUUGAAAAAACAAGCCAAAAAUGGUCUUGAGUCAGGUUCAGGUAAAUCAUCAAAAAAACAGGUUCUUCUGGCAAGAGAAGCUAAAAAUGAACCUAAGACAGACUCAACUAAGGUAUCCAAAAAGCAAGUUCUCUUGGAAAACCAAGCAGAAAAUGAGCUUGAGUCAGACUCACCUAAAUCAUCAAAAAAAAAAGUUCCUCUGAAAAAAGAAGCAAAAAAUGUAGAUGAGUUAAAUUCAAGUGUAAAAUCCAAAAAACCAGCUCUUUUGAAAAAACAAGAAAAAAAUAUAGAAGAUUCAACUUCUCUUUCAACAUCAGCUGAAUUGAGUACCUCUGAAACAACACCUGCAGUUUCUGUAAUCAAAAAGCUUAAAGGAAAAAACAAAAAUAAAAAUAUGGAUUCAGUUACUACAACACCAAUUGCUGUGAAAAAGUCACUAUCGUCCAAAUUGAAUACACCCGUUACUACACCAGUGGUUACUCCAAAUACAAAGGUCUUCGAUACGUCAUCAGCCAAGAAACGAGUAAGAAUAAUGCUGGAGCACAAUAAAGAGCAACAUACUUCCGAAUACUUUCGGCAACUUAGGCUAAGUCCUGCUAUUCCAUUUGAUGGAAAUAAAAAACCAAAAGCAGGCGUACUAAAACCGAGUCCACUACCAAGCCCAAUUUAUCCGUUUACGAAAGAAAUGUACAAAAGAAAAAUAUUUUUAUAAAGAGGAAUCUCAUCUUCUAGGACAAAGACUCUUUUUAUCAAUUUUUUUCAUUGUAUAAAUAUCAUCUCUUAGGUAGCUUGAAUAAAUUCUUCUUAGUUUAAAUAUAACACUUCAGUAGAAGCGAGUAAGCAAUUUUAAACAUGAGAAAUGCUAAAAUUUGUAUAUAUUUACUCGCGAACAAUGAGAUAUAUAAUAGUAUAUAUAAUAUACCAUGUAAAAAUACAAGAAUAAACUAUUCAUUGAAUAGUAUUAUUGUAGUUAACGUACUAUAAUAUGAUGAUUUUUUUCAUGAAAUGUGUAAUGUAAUAUUUUUAAAAAAUGAUUUUUUGUAAGCAUAUACUUGUAUGAUUUUUAAAAUUUUGAUGAAUUGUAACUCAUCUCAUGUGGAUCUUUACAAAUAAAAUUUUUCAAUAAAAAAAUUUAAAAUCA